ACACCAUAUUAUAGAUGUUGACGACGAGGGAACUACGGACAAGGAUCAGAAAAUCAUGUCAAAACAAUGGCGAAUGAUCCCGUGUCACAUAUCUGAAUUGCGUUUGGACAUUACCCUUGCAUGUGGGCAAAGUUUUAGAUGGAAGGAGGUUGAACCAGGAAUAUGGAGGAGUGUGCUAGGAGGCAGCAUCUGGACUCUGAAGCAGACCGGUACUCACAUCUUCUACCAACGUCACAAUCAUAGCACAUGUCAAGAAGAAGAGAACUGUGAUCAGAGUGGUGAUCCACUGCAGUCCCGUCGGAAGAAGCGAGGAGCUGGUCAGAAUCAAGCCUUCAAGAGCAAGAAAAGGGCAAAGGUUACAUCAGGCAGCGGAGAAGAUGGGCGUGGUAAUAGCGCCAAAGGGGAAGAGGAUGAUGAAAAAUCCUCAAGGGAGAUUUUACGAGACUAUUUCCAGCUUGACGUGAACCUGGGAGAGCUGUACACCCAGUGGCAGAAAGCGGACAAGAACUUCUCCAAGGUGUCCCAGGGGUUUCCUGGAGUUCGUAUCCUGAGACAGGAUCCUGUGGAGAACCUGAUCUCCUUCAUCUGUUCAUCUAAUAACAACAUUGCAAGGAUCACUGGGAUGGUGGAAAAGUUGUGCCAGGAAUUUGGAGAUGAGGUGGGAGUAUUAGAAGGUGUAUCCUGGCAUUCUUUUCCGUCCCUGGCGGCUUUGAGCGGCAAGGGGGUGGAGGAAGCACUGCGGAAGAUGGGGUUUGGAUACAGGGCAAAGUUCAUCAGCCAUUCAGCUCAGAUGAUGACCAGAGACCUUGGAGGUGAAGACUGGUUGAGGGGUCUACGAGGUCAGCCCUAUCUGGAGGCUCAUUCUGAGUUGAUGAAACUUCCUGGUGUAGGGGCAAAGGUUGCAGACUGUGUGUGUUUGAUGUCCUUAGACAAGAGAGGAGCCAUACCAGUAGACACCCAUGUCUGGCAGAUAGCAUCCAGGGAUUACAUGCAUACCCUGCAGAAGACGAAGACCCUGACAGAUCGCACUUACCGCCAGAUUGGCGACUUCUUCAGAGAACUCUUCGGGGAAUAUGCUGGCUGGGCUCAUUCGGUCCUAUUCAGUGCUGAUCUUAAGAAAUUUCAAGAAUCACCAAGCCCUAAACCAAAGAAUGGAAAGAGCCAAAAGGAACAGCAUGGAAAGGUCCCCAAGUCAAAGAGACGGUCACCCAACGGACAAUCGGUCAGAUGACAUCUCUUGGACCGCACUUCUUCUUUGACCACAAGUCUCUCAUCUUUGUGGACAUUGAGCAGCAGUCAUGCAAAUCUUUGGCCCAUAUUAGAAAUCAUUCACCUUAUCCGCAGCCCUGGUGACUAUCCCAUUGUUUCCUUUCCUCUAACACCAUACAGUAUUCGCAGUAGAACAGAUUCAAGAUGUCAAGAUUUUGGGCCACCGCACACCUUACGGCCGUUUCACGAUUCGAUUUUGGAACAAAUCUGCAUUUUGCUCAUUUUCUGAAAAUGUGAAUGAAAAGUACGUUUUUAUUCGAGGUUCAAAUUAACUGAAAGAAUACUAAUCUAAAAAUUUUGGAUGAUUGCAAGCCUUAAUGUUUAAUCAAAUUCUACUACGUUUUAUUCCCAAAUUGGGUCGAAGAGCAAUCGUAAAGUGUGCAGUGGCCUUUAGUCCUUUGCAUUUUGCUGAAGUUUAUAGCCAGAUUAUAUGAACAAUCUUCUAUAACCAGGGAAUGUUUAACUGGUUGCAUGGAAUUAGCAGUUCAGCUGUGGAUUUGUUCAUACUGUGCACUGUGGCAUCAAAACUGAGACCUGUUGUCAAAAGAUGGAAAUUUGUAUUUGUUCUAAUUAUGGAGAGACUUGUAAUUUUAUUAGGAAUAAAGUUUUAUAC